UCCCCGGCUCUUGGACUACAAACCCCGGUGUCCGUUACUGUGGUCACCUGUGGGUUAGUAGCAGCAGCGGCGAGUUGGCGGGCCCAGGGCCCCUUCUGGAGCCGGUAACCAGUUCUCUGUGCUCUUUGCGUCUCCGCGCUGACGGGCCCUGCGCUGCUGGGUGGUGUGGCGCAGCCUCGCUCUAGGGCGCGGACGCAGGUGUGGACUUAAGAGCCUGGGCUUCCGGGAGGGGGCUGGGCGCACAGCCGACCCAGCACAGUCUGAGAGGAAGAAAUGUCUUCUGUAAAAAGAAGUCUGAAUCAAGAAAUAAUAUCCCAGUUUCACUAUUCAGCUGCAGAAGGAGAUAUUGCCAAGUUAACAGCAAUACUCAGUCAUUCUCCAUCUCUUCUCAAUGAAACUUCUGAAAAUGGCUGGACUGCUUUAAUGUAUGCUGCAAGGAAUGGGCACCCAGAUGUUGUCCAAUUUCUACUUGAGAAAGGAUGUGACAGAUCCAUUGUCAACAAAUCAAGGCAGACUGCACUGGAUAUAGCUAAAUUUUGGGGUUAUAAGCAUAUAGCUAACUUAUUAGCUAAUGCUAAAGGUGGGAAGAAGCCUUGGUUCCUAACCAAUGAAGUGGAAGAAUGUGAAAAUUAUUUUAGCAAGACACUACUGGACCAGAAAAGUGAAAAAAGAAAUAAUUCUGACUGGCUGUUAGCAAAAGAAAGCCAUCCAGCCACAGUUUAUAUCCUUUUCUCAGAUUUAAAUCCCUUGGUUACUCUAGGAGGCAAUAAGGAAAGUUUUCAACAGCCAGAAGUCAGGCUUUGUCAGCUGAACUACACAGAUAUAAAGGAUUAUUUGGCUCAGCCUGAAAAGAUCACCUUGAUUUUCCUUGGAGUAGAACUUGAAAUGAAAAAAGAGUUUUUUAAUUAUGCUGGGGAAGUCUCAAAAGAAGAAGAAGAUGGGUUGGUUGCCUGGUUUGCUUUAGGUAUAGAUACUGUUGCUGCUGAAGAAUUUAAGCAAAGGCAUGAAAAUUGUUAUUUUCUUCAUCCACCAAUGCCAGCUCUUCUGCAAUUGAAAGAAAAAGAAGCUGGGGUUGUAGCUCAAGCAAGAUCUGUUCUUGCUUGGCACAGUCGGUAUAAGUUCUGCCCAACCUGUGGAAAUGCAACUAAAAUUGAAGAAGGCGGCUAUAAAAGAGUAUGCUUAAAAGAAGACUGUCCUAGUCUCCACGGUGUUCACAAUACAUCAUACCCAAGAGUUGAUCCGGUGGUAAUCAUGCAAGUUAUUCAUCCCGAUGGGACCAAAUGUCUUUUAGGCAGGCAGAAGAGAUUUCCUCCAGGCAUGUUUACUUGCCUCGCUGGAUUUAUUGAACCUGUCCCUGUUAUCCAGUCUGGCUUUUCCCUAGAGCACUCAUCAGCACCUAACAGGGUAUAUAUGGGAGACAAUAGAAGAUGCUGUUCGGAGAGAAGUAGAAGAGGAAAGUGGAGUCAAAGUUGGCCAUGUUCAGUAUGUCUCUUGUCAACCGUGGCCAAUGCCCUCCUCCUUAAUGAUUGGUUGCUUAGCUGUGGCAGUGUCUACAGAAAUUAAAGUUGACAAGAAUGAAAUAGAGGAUGCCCGCUGGUUCACUAGAGAACAGGUUGUGGAUGUUCUGACCAAAGGCAAGCAGCAGGCAUUCUUUGUUCCACCGAGCCGAGCUAUUGCACAUCAGUUAAUCAAACACUGGAUUGGAAUGAACCCCAAUCUCUAAAUCAAAUAACUAAACUUUGACUAUGUCUCAUUGAUUUCUAAUCCUACUUAUUCCUCAAGUGAGAUUAGAAAUGUUUAAUGCUCUUUAGAAUGUCAGCUUUUGUUAAAUCUGAGUCAGCAUUCUCUGAACUUUUUUGAGGGGGUUCUGCUCAACAGUUUUAUCUCACAAAACUGUAUCUCUAAUAAGAGAAAUCAUGUUGUAAAGAAGUAGAUUCUAAAAUGUAAAUAAACCUAAAUUUCGUUGCCUCUUAUAAGCAUUCACCAUUCACUAAAGUCCUGUUAUGAAAAACGAGACAAAAUAUUUUUAAUGAAUUUUAAGCUUAAUUUUUAAUGUUUUCAUUAUUAUGAAGGUCCUUUUGGUUGUCAUUGGCUGAGUUUUGCUCAUUUUACCAUUUUACGUGAUCCACUUUUUUCUCCUGGUUCUAUUGUUCUGUCAAUGACACUGUUAUAGUGUUGCUACUAAUCUGUUUUGAUCAGUGUUAAGAAUUUCUUAUUUUAACAACUCUAUUAGUGAUCAGUAUACCACACCUUCAGGGAAGGAGAAUUUAAGUGAGAGAAUAUCAUUGUGUCUGGGAUCCCCUCUUAAACAUAAAAUUAAUUAAUAUAUCUAUUUGUUAACUAUACUCAAAGUUGUUUUUUAAGACAAAUUAAAAAUCUCUUCUCUUUUCCCUAAAAUUAAACAUAUUUGAAAGGAAUUCUUUCCAAAGUCAGAUAUUAAAUAAAGUCUCAGAUAGAUUUACUUAUUAAAUAAAAUGGCUUAUGUCAUUUUGUGAUAAGGGAAUGUAUCUUCACUAGGAGAAAAUUAUAUAAUAAUUACUAAUAACGUUUAUUAAACUCAAAUACAGCAUCUUGAUUUUAGCCUUAUUUCAACAAUCUAAGCAUUUAUACAAUAACUGUAUUUUAGAACUGAAUCAGUACGGUUUUAGAGAAAGUAAAUUGUAGUAGUUCACAAGUUUGUAACAGAACUAUUAUAUUUCACAAGGUUAUUUUGAAAUUGUUUUAAAAGUUCUUUUAUAAAUGUAUAAAUUUAUAUAAUUUCACUCUUUACUAUUCUAUGGUAGAACUGGAAAAGAACUUAAAAACAAUAUAUGUAUGUAGUUCACUGCCCUUUUUUUAUAGAUAAGGAAAUCCUAAAAGGUGAACUUAAUUAAUUUAUCCAUUAAAGGUGAAUUGAUUAAUUAAUUGAUGACAGUUACACAAUUACUAGUUAUAAUUGUUAAUACAAUUAAUUAUUGUUAAUACAAUUAAUUAUAAUUACAAUUAAGUAACUUAAUUAUUGAUACAACAGUCUGUACUGCACAGUGCAGGAUUCUCACUCUAAUAGGAAGUAAAAACUAUUACUGAAAGUAAAUAAGUAAUAAAAUAGAGGAUGAUAAGACUAAAUUUAAUUUACCAAAUACUGUUAAUUAAAAUUUUAGGCACUAAAGUUCAUUUAAAUAAGUUAACUUUUCUAAACAAAACUAUAUUUUACUAAUGAACAAUGAUUUUCUUAGUAAUUGAUGAAGAUAUUGAUAUUAGGACUUUAGAGAAAAUUCAAACUAUAUAAGACAUUUAGAUACACAAUAAGAUAUGAACUUUGUAAGUAUAUAGAAAAUGAUGUGCCUUGAUUAUUAUGAAAUAUAAUGACUCCAAGUUCCACUUUAUCCCAAAUAUACUUUUUAUACUUAUAGAUUCUAAGAUUACAUCAUAAAAUUCUAGAUUUUCAUAAUGUUAGGAUAGCCAAGUAAAAUAUAAAGUAUCAAUAAAAUUUAUAAGUUUAGUUUUUUAUAUUUAAUCCUAUACCCAGGGAGAAUCAAUAUCUAAGUAAAUUAUUGUUUUAAUAAUUAUUCUUAAAUUGCUAACCUCUGAGAGGUGGAUAGUUACACAUAAAUAGAAGGACUAACAAAGAAAUAUUAGAGAUUCAAGUACCGUGAUUGUGUCCUAAUGAAAAGGAAGGUAACAAUACAUUAAAAUAUUUGUUUAUUUUC